UCCCCUCCCCCCCCCCGGGGGGGGAAUGGUUUGAUCCGGCGGAAGCUCCAAGGAAUUUGGGGUGUCCCCCCCCCGAUGGCGGAGGCGGCCGUGGUGGGAAGUUUUGGGGGGUCCCUGGGGGCUCCAGGGGGGCCCCCCCCGGGCCCGGGGCCGCUGGAACAUCUGGCCCGGGGCGUCCUGAGCACGGCGGGACGGCGGCUGCGCAGAGUCGGGACCCACCCUGCAGGACCCCGGAGCUGGCUGUUCUUGGGGGGGGCCGUGGGGGUCUGCGAGGCCGCGGGACUCGACCCCUCCCUGGGGCUGGUGGGGGCCAUCAGCAGGGGGCUGCCCCACAGCCCCCUGUUGCCGGGGGGGCUGCGGGGGCCGCUGGCUCUGCUGCUCUUCUCCUCGGGGCUGUGGCUGCUGCUGGGGCUGACGCUGCGCCUGGGGCUGCGCCUGAUCCUGGGGGGCACCGGGGGGGCCCUGGGCCGGCCGGGACCCCCCCCCCGGCUCUGGCUGGCCCUGGUCCGGAUGUUCGCGGGGCGGCGCCCGGGGCUCCGCAGCCUCCAGGGGGCGCUGCCCGCGCUGCCCCUCCCCCCCCUGAGCGAGACCGUCCGGCAGGCCGUGGAGUCUCUGCAGUCCCUGGAUCCGGGGGGGGCUGGGCAGGGGCUCCCCCCCCUCGCCCGGAGCUUUUUGGGGGGUCCCGGCCCCCGACUGCAGCGGUGGCUGCGCCUGCGGGGCUGGGCCCUGCCCUGCUACCUGAGCGAGCUCUGGGAGGAGCAGCUGCAUUUGGGCUCUCGGGGACCCCUCCCCAGCACGGGCAGUUAUUACCUCAUGGACCUUUUGGGGCCGCCCCCCACGCGGGUCCCGGCCGCUCGAGCCGCCAACGUCGCCUUCGCCUUCCUCCAAUUCCGGAGCCUCGUCCGGGACGGGACCCUGCCCCCUGUGCUGUUCCGGGGGUCCCUCCCCACGUGCUCGGCUCAGUACGAGCGGCUCUUCGACACCACGCGGCUCCCGGGGGAGCACCGGGACCGGCUGCAGCAUUUUGGGGGGGGGUCUCACCUGGCCGUGCUGUGGGGGGGGCGCCUCUUCCGGGUCCCCCUGAGCCCCCCCCCGAGCCCCCCCCAGCUCCAGGGACACUUCCAGAAGGUUCUGGAACAAAACGCGGAGCCGGGAGAGCCCCCGGAGAGCCCCGGGGUGCUGACGGGAGGGGACAGGGCCGCCUGGGCGCGGGCGCGGGCGCUGCUGCGGGCGGGGGGGGGUCCCAGCGCGGCCGCCCUGGGGGUCCUCGAGGACGCCGCCUUCGUCAUCGCCUUCGACCCCUCCCCCCACGGGGACCCCCCCAAAAACGGGGACCCCCCCCCCCCAAAACGGGGACCCCCCCCCCGAGGAGCGAGACCCCCCCCGGGACGGGGACCUGGACGUGGAGGCCAAGGCGCUGCUGAUGGGACCCCCCCACAACCGGUGGUUCGACAAGUCGCUGACGUUGGUCGUGUUCCCCUCGGGGCGCGUCGGGCUCAGCGUGGAGCACUCGUGGGGAGACCCCCCCGUGGCCGGGCACCUCUGGGAGUUCGCGCUGGCCCUGGACCGGUCCCUGGGCUACGACGAGUCCGGGAGCUGCCUCGGGCAGGGCCAGCACCGGGCCCCGGAGCCCCCCCAGGAGCUGCACUGGGAGCUCCCCCCGCAGGUUUCGGGGGUGCUGCCCCAGGCCCGGGAGCAGUUCCAGGCCAUGGCCGAGGGGCUCCAGCUCCACGUGGUGACGGUUGAGUGUCCCCCGGGACCCCCCGAGACCCCUGAGAGCGCCCAGGAGCUGCUGGCGCUGGCGCUGGAGCUGGCGCUGGUCAGGGAGCGCGGCCCGGCUCUCACGUACGAGCCCAUCCCGACGCGCCUUUUCCUCGAGGGCCGCGCCGAUGGCGCCCGCGGCGUGGGGCGCCCCUUGCUGGAGCUGGAGCGCGCCCUGCGGGACCCCCAAACCCCC